UACGGUGCUGACAAGAUGGCGGCUGGCGGGGCUGUUGCUGCGGCGCCAGAGUGCCGGCUUCUGCCCUACGCGCUACACAAGUGGAGCUCCUUCUCCUCUACCUACCUUCCCGAAAACAUUUUAGUAGACAAACCAAAUGACCAAUCAUCAAGGUGGUCUUCAGAGAGCAACUAUCCUCCCCAGUACUUGAUUCUGAAGCUUGAAAGGCCUGCAAUAGUCCAGAAUAUCACUUUUGGAAAAUAUGAGAAAACGCACGUCUGCAAUUUGAAGAAAUUUAAAGUCUUUGGGGGAAUGAAUGAAGAAAAUAUGACAGAACUAUUGUCUAGUGGCUUAAAGAAUGAUUAUAACAAAGAAACAUUCACCUUGAAGCAUAAAAUCGAUGAACAGAUGUUCCCUUGUCGAUUCAUUAAAAUAGUUCCACUCUUGUCCUGGGGACCCAGCUUUAACUUUAGCAUCUGGUAUGUUGAACUUAGUGGCAUUGACGAUCCUGAUGUAGUACAGCCCUGUCUCAACUGGUAUAGCAAGUACCGCGAACAGGAAGCCAUUCGUCUUUGCCUGAAACACUUCCGCCAGCACAACUAUACUGAAGCCUUUGAAUCACUACAGAAGAAAACCAAGAUUGCCCUGGAGCAUCCCAUGUUAACAGAUCUGCAUGACAAGCUGGUCUUGAAGGGCGAUUUUGAUGCUUGUGAAGACUUGAUUGAAAAAGCUGUGAAUGAUGGCCUGUUCAAUCAGUAUAUCAGUCAACAGGAAUAUAAGCCACGAUGGAGUCAAAUCAUUCCCAAAAGCACCAAAGGUGAUGGAGAAGAUAACCGACCAGGAAUGCGAGGAGGCCAUCAGAUGGUCAUUGAUGUUCAAACAGAGACAGUUUAUUUGUUUGGUGGCUGGGAUGGAACCCAAGAUCUUGCAGACUUCUGGGCAUACAGUGUGAAGGAGAACCAGUGGACAUGCAUCUCUAGAGACACUGAGAAAGAGAAUGGUCCUAGUGCCAGAUCGUGCCAUAAAAUGUGCAUUGACAUUCAGCGAAGGCAGAUCUACACAUUGGGCCGUUAUUUAGAUUCCUCUGUGAGGAACAGCAAGUCUCUGAAAAGCGACUUCUAUCGUUACGACAUUGACACUAACACAUGGAUGCUGCUCAGUGAGGACACUGCUGCUGAUGGAGGACCGAAAUUGGUGUUUGACCAUCAGAUGUGUAUGGAUUCAGAAAAACAUAUGAUCUACACGUUUGGUGGUAGGAUUUUGACAUGUAAUGGCAGCGUAGACGACAGCAGAGCCAGUGAACCCCAGUUCAGCGGGUUAUUUGCUUUCAACUGUCAAUGUCAAACCUGGAAACUUCUUCGAGAAGACUCCUGUAAUGCUGGACCUGAGGACAUCCAGUCUCGGAUAGGGCACUGCAUGCUGUUCCACUCUAAAAAUCGUUGCUUAUAUGUGUUUGGUGGUCAGCGGUCGAAGACCUAUUUGAAUGACUUCUUCAGUUAUGAUGUGGACUCUGAUCAUGUAGACAUCAUAUCAGAUGGCACCAAGAAAGACUCUGGGAUGGUUCCAAUGACAGGAUUCACACAGAGAGCAACCAUUGAUCCAGAACUGAAUGAAAUACAUGUCUUAUCUGGACUCAGCAAAGACAAGGAGAAGAGGGAAGAGAAUGUCAGAAAUUCGUUCUGGAUUUAUGACAUUGUGAGGAAUAGUUGGUCUUGUGUAUAUAAGAAUGAUCAAGCUGCAAAGGAAAACCCCAGUAAAAGUCUACAGGAGGAAGAGCCAUGUCCACGGUUUGCCCACCAGCUUGUAUAUGAUGAGUUGCACAAGGUUCAUUAUUUAUUUGGUGGCAAUCCAGGAAAAUCCUGUUCUCCAAAGAUGAGACUAGAUGACUUCUGGUCACUGAAGUUGUGUAGACCAUCAAAAGAUUAUUUACUGAGGCAUUGCAAAUACCUCAUAAGAAAACACAGGUUUGAAGAAAAGGCUCAAAUGGAUCCCCUUAGUGCUCUGAAAUACUUACAAAAUGAUCUUUAUAUAACUGUGGAUCAUUCGGACCCAGAUGAAACAAAAGAGUUUCAGCUCCUAGCUUCAGCGCUCUUCAAAUCUGGUUCCGACUUUUCUGCUCUAGGGUUUUCGGAUGUGGAUCACACCUAUGCUCAAAGAACUCAGCUCUUUGACACCUUAGUAAAUUUCUUUCCUGAUAGCAUGACCCCUCCUAAAGGCAACCUGGUGGACCUGGUCACACUGUAACUGAAGAGCCGCUGGACACAGGAGUGAAUAGCUGAAGUCUGCUUUGGGUCUUUUGGAUUGCAACUGCCUUGGCCAGCAGUCAGGCGGCAGCGAGUGAGGAGCUCAGCCGAGUUCUCCUGGGAUCGUUACCAUCACGUUUUACCCCGUGUCCUCCACACCCGACCUCAACCCCCUUCUCCUCACCCCAUUCCUAAACUAGGCUAAUAAAGUGAAAUUGGUAUACUUUCCAUUUAAAUAUAGAUA